GUGAGUCAAAAUGGAAGCACAGGAGCUCGAACACGCUGCAGCUCCUUCUUGUCCAGCAUUAUUUCAGACGGCCCCGGUCAGCUGCUGAAAGAGAGCAUCGUCGGGAUUGUUGCAUCUCAGGUCUCCUCCUUCUUUUCUCCUUUCCCCUCCCUUCUCACGUCUAUCAAUCCUCCUCUCGACGCACGCACCCUGAUUUCCGCAUCGCCUCCUCCGGUAUAAUGACCAACGAUAGCCCGGAGGAGGAGACCCGAGCUCCGGGCGGCGGAGGAGGUGGUUGUGGAAGAGGGAUGGCUCGAAAACACCGAGCGGACGACAAUGUCACUAUCCUGACAUCAUCCAUGGAUUUACACAGAGCCAGCCGGAGCCGAGCCAGCAGCAGCAACGAUGCCGCCCCGAGCAUCACAUCCUCCGUGGAUCUGAGCACCUCCUCCCUGGAGCUGAGCAUCCAGACGCGGAUCUUUAAGAUCAUCGUCAUCGGAGACUCCAACGUGGGGAAGACCUGCCUCACCUUCCGCUUCACGGGGGGCAGCUUCCCCGAUAAGACCGAGGCUACCAUCGGCGUGGAUUUCAGGGAGAAGGUGGUGGAGAUCGAAGGGGAGACUAUCAAGGUGCAGGUGUGGGACACAGCAGGCCAGGAGCGCUUCCGUAAAUCCAUGGUGGAACACUACUACCGUAACGUCCACGCUGUGGUCUUUGUGUAUGAUGUUACCAAGAUGGCUUCCUUCCGCAACCUACAGACUUGGAUAGAGGAGUGCAAUGGCCAUCGGGUGUCUGCAUCAGUACCUCGAGUCCUGGUGGGAAACAAGUGUGACCUUGUGGACCAAAUACAGGUGCCCUCCAACACAGCGCUGAAGUUUGCCGAUGCCCACAACAUGCUGCUGUUCGAGACGUCAGCAAAGGACCCGAGAGAAAGUCAGAACGUCGACUCGAUCUUCAUGUCCCUGGCCUGCCGACUGAAGGCUCAGAAGUCGCUGCUCUACAGAGACGUGGAGAGAGAGGACGGGAGAGUGCGCCUCACACAAGAGACUGAGACAAAGAGUAAUUGUCCUUGUUGAGGAAAAGGAGGAGUGGGAGGCAUAAUAGAAGGGAAGAGAGGAGAGUAACUCUACAUUUGAAGAAGGAAGAGGA